UGCAGCUGCGGCAGAACUUGACCGAUCGCCCAGUUUGCGCGGCAACUCCGGCCGCAAUUGGUCAUCUGGCACCCCGACCUGCCCAGAACAGAGAAGUGAGAUCGGGAUCUCCUGAGGCGUUCAUCGUCAUUUGGUGACCAUCUGGCGGCGUCCAGAAACUCGUCCUGUGCCAGAUGAGAUGAGAGAGCUGAUACGGGCUUGCCGGCUUGGCACUGCCGCCGGCACUGCCGCCCGCGUGCAUGCAAGAAAUCAGACGAUUUGUCGGCCUGCCCCUCCGCAGCGUCGCUUCGGCGCCUAUGCACCGCUUUGCCGCCAGCUCCCACCCACAGACGCGCGGAUCAAGGAUCUGGGCACCGCGAUUGCCGACGAGUACGCCGUCCUCAGAGACAGCUACGAAACCCCCGAACAUCCCAUUGUGCUUGCCCAUGGCCUGCUGGGAUUCGCCGAGUUGAAGCUGGCUGGCUCGCUGCUGCCCGGCAUCCCCGGAAUCCAGUACUGGCGGGGCAUCAAGGAGGCCCUCAGUGCCAACCAUGCCGAAGUCAUCACUACCUCGGUGCCCCCGAGCGGCACCAUCGAGAAGCGGGCUGCCAAGCUCGCCGAGGACAUUGAAGCCCAAGCAAGGGGUAGGAGCGUCAACAUUGUGGCCCACAGCAUGGGUGGCCUGGACGCCCGGUACAUGAUCUCCCAGCUCCAGCCCGCCGGCGUCGACGUCAAGUCGCUCGUCACCGUCGGCACCCCGCACCACGGCAGCCCCUUUGCCGACUUCCUCAUCGACGAGAUCGGGCCGCACUACCUGCCCCGCUUGUACGAUCUUUGGGAGCGGACCACCGGGUGGGAACCCGGCGCCUUCGCUCAGCUGACGACGAGGUACAUGGACCAGGAGUUCAAUCCCAAGACACCGGACGACCCGGCCGUGCGUUACUUUUCGUAUGGCGCCAUGGUCCGCGGCAAGCCGCCGUUGUUGAGCCCGUUCCGCCAUUCUCACCGGGUAAUUGAGGAGCGCGAAGGCCCCAACGACGGUCUCGUCAGCGUCGAGAGCAGCAAAUGGGGCACCUACAAGGGGACCCUGCUGGGCGUCAACCAUCUGGACUUGAUCAACUGGAGCAAUCGGCUUCGCUUUGUGGUCCAGAAGUGGAUGGGCCGGCCGCCUUCGUGAGUUACCACAUAUUGGUUCCCGCCGUUCU